AUGCUGAAAGUCACCAUGCCCUCCUCAUCCUCGUCCUCCUCGUCCUCCUCGUCCUCGUCCUCCGGCUCCUCGGCCGGCGGCCGCCCCGGCUCCGCCGCGCCCGACUACUGGAUCGAUGGCUCCAACAAGGACACCCUGGCUCACUAUUUCGAGCUGGAGUCCGAGCUGGGACGCACUGGUAGACCCUGCGCUGACAAAACUCCCACUCAAAACAGGAGUCCCUGGAUAGGCCUCUGCCAGCAGAGCCCUAGCUUUGGAGCACAGUGCAGUGGGGCUACAUCCAUUGUCUACAGAUGCAGGCAGAAAGGGACCCAGAAACCUUACGCCAUCAAAAUGUUGAAGAAGACAGUAGACAAGAAAAUUGUCCGCACAGAAAUUGGAGUUCUUCUCCGCCUUUCACAUCCAAACAUUAUAAAACUGAAGGAGAUAUUUGAGACCCCUACAGAAAUCAGUCUUGUUCUGGAAUUGGUCACAGGUGGAGAACUAUUUGACAGGAUUGUGGAAAAGGGUUACUACAGUGAACGAGAUGCUGCUGAUGCUGUUAAACAAAUUCUGGAGGCUGUUGCUUACCUGCAUGCAAAUGGGAUUGUGCAUCGGGACUUGAAGCCAGAAAAUCUACUCUAUGCAACACCAGCUCCAGAUGCACCACUAAAAAUCGCUGACUUUGGACUUUCUAAGAUUGUGGAAGAUCAGGUGACCAUGAAGACAGUUUGUGGAACUCCAGGGUACUGUGCACCAGAGAUACUGCGCGGAUGUGCCUACGGCCCUGAGGUGGACAUGUGGUCCCUGGGAAUUAUCACCUACAUCCUACUUUGUGGCUUUGAACCAUUUUAUGAUGACAGGGGAGAUCAGUACAUGUUUAAGAGAAUCCUGAACUGUGAAUAUGACUUUGUGUCCCCCUGGUGGGAUGAUGUGUCUCUGAAUGCCAAGGAUUUAGUUAAAAAGUUGAUUGUUUUAGACCCCAAGAAACGCCUUACCACUCUACAGGCUUUGCAGCACCCAUGGGUCACAGGGAAGGCAGCAAAUUUUGCACAUAUGGACAACGCACAAAAGAAACUUCAAGAAUUCAAUGCCCGGCGUAAACUUAAGGCUGCAGUAAAAGCUGUUGUGGCAUCAACGCGCCUUGGCAGCGCCAGCAGUCACAGUGCACAUGACAGCAACAAGCCCAGCCACAACCCAUCUCCCGUCCUCAGUGGCAAACCUGAAAAGAAACCCACUCAGGAAGCAGAAGCAGCUCCAGAGGAAAUGUCUUAGGUCGAUGUGCUUCCUCAUGUCAAUGGAGAUCUGCCAUUUCACACACCAGCUAAUUUGUCAUUCAGCAAGGAGAUUCGUAAGCUUGACCUCUCUGGUUCUGCUUUGGGGUGCCAAAUACUCUGGCUGGUGAUCCUACCUUCAAUGCAUGUGACUGCUUAUGAAAAUAGUAAACUGUUCCAUAAGGCAUGUCAUGGAAACAGUGUAAUUUGCAGUAAUACCGGCAGGUGAAAAUAUGGGGAUGAAUAACUACCUACCAUAAUCUGUAUGCUUCAUAUACAUCUAUCUAGAUGGCACUUGAAACAAAAUGUUGUUUCAUUUAAUUUUAUGGAAGUAGUUGUCUUAUAUGUGUUGUGAGUUUCUUUGGACUGUUUCUUUCCAGAUCCAUAGUCCUUGAGCAGACAAAAUGGAAGGAAAUACCAAACCAAUGCUUUUAAAACUGAUGUAUGAAAUAAUGCUUUUUAUCUGUAAAAUUGAAAAAGUAUUUGGGGAUUUACGUGCAAAAAAAAACCAUUCCACUACUUCUGGGAAGAAAUUGAAAUGUUAGUUCCACUGAGAGUGAAAAUGUACAUUGCUCAAGCUUGCAUUGAGAAUGCCUUAUUCAGAUUUUUCCUGUUUAUAUACAAUAUUUUAAUAAUAACCAAAAUUACUCAGAUUUCUGCCAUUUAAUUCUGUAGUAAAGUGUUAGUGAAACAAAAUGAUAGACUAAACAAGGAUUAGAGUAAAUGCAAAGUUUUGACACCAUAUUUAUUAAUUUCUAAACUGUGCAGCUAGAAGACUUUUUAUAGGGCCUGAGGGAGUAAUCUGCAAUGUAAUAGGUUGUAAAUGCUUAAAGGAAGCUAUUCUACAGCUUACUGAUUUUACUUUGGGAAAAUACUCUUAUACAAGGUCUAGGAGCAAGUAGUAUAAUCUAGUUGUUUCCUGGGUAGUUUAACCUCAGGAGUAACCAGUUUCUAUUUGUCAACAUAAACAGUUUGUAUUUUCCUUAUAAAGGACCCUCCUCCAUGUAAAGUGAUCCACCAGCAUAGAUCUUGCAUCCACCCAGAGCUCCUGUGUCUUAUGUUAUCGGCUAUGUGCAUUGAUCAGCUUGCAAGAGUAGGGUCGGGCUCUUGAGCUGUCUUGAUGUUUUUGUUGAAUGUCAUUGAAAGGAACUGAAAAAUUAACAUGCAUCAGGAUGUCUGACCAUUUAUACUUGUUAUCAAUUUGACAGCCUGUGACUGUCAUAAGGUUAUGUUACAGAAACAGCAAAAAGAUCCCAAUGUACAACAAUAUCAUUUGUGCUCGUUAAACUUUUUAAUAUUGAUAUUACCUAACAUCCUCAUACACUCAACAUUCCUCCUUUGCUUUUGUUGUUUUUAUGUUGAUGUUAGGCCUUGAACAGCUUGUUUUGAAAAAAUAUAUCAGCUACUGAAAAACGAAUACUUCAAUAAAACAUUCAGAAAGUGUAUUUCCUGAUUAGAUUAAAAGGUAAUACAAUGUUGUUCAGAUGGUAGGUUUUAUAAAUAAAAUGUGCUCUAGAUUAAUAAAUAAAGAAAGAUUAAAGAUACUGUCUUUACUAGGUGAGAAUGCAUGCUAAUGAAUGUAUUGUACUUGAAAUUUUUUAUCCACUUCUUAGAACUCUUUGAAGUUGUACAAAAAGGUUUGCUAACUAAGUAAGGUUGUAAUUUAAAGUACAUGUAUCCAUCCUUUUUUCAAGUGCACACUUUGAGGUCAGCUGAGGCAGCUGAUGGGCUCAUGGCAGCUAUGUAAGGCCAACAAGACACUUUUGCAGAUUUUUCCCCAUGCAGUAAGACUAAUCACUCUGGAGAAGAUGAUAGGUACCUCCACCUGUCUCACUUUUCACUGUCUUACUUCCUGUGAGGUGACUGCAGGACAAAUGCAUUUCCACCCACUUUCCUCAUCCCUCUGGUACUGUGGUGAAGCCAUCAAAAUUUGGUCACUAGGGAGGUUUGAUGGGAGACGCUGGAUUUCUGUAACAUUUCCUGCUUCAUUUGGUAUAGUUGCAUCUAAUCUGCAGGAGUGGAGCUUGCUGAGCAGUCAUUGUGCAUCUAUGAGAGCAGAAAUAUCUUCAUCUGAUGGUUUGUUAAGUUGAAAAGUAGUCCCAACUGAUUCUUAAAGUUACUGUUUUGCUAAAUCUACCAUAUCAUGUAGUAACUGUGAACUGAUGCCAUGGAACAGGAGACCUCUCUGUGAUAGCAUGAUCUCAGAGGCAGCUCUGAGGCAGUGCAUAAAGGCUCUGGGGCUUCGGUUGUUUUUACUUCAUUUUCUUUUGUUGUACUCAACAUGAAACAGGGAGGAUGCCUGUGCUGAAUGGAUUACCAGUUUGUGACUCAGUAAAGGAGUGUGCCUGGAUGAUGUUUGACAGCACCACACAUGUGCAGGAGGAGGACCAGGGUGUAUGCAUGCAGUGCAAGAGAGGAGUUUUACCUGCAUUGAUUUUGUCUGAAAAAACCACCUCCCAGCAGCAUCUGCCGUAAUUCAGACUGGGGAGUGCAACACCAGUGUCUUAUUGUGGCAGAAAAAUAUGAACACACUUGAAAACUAGUGGAGAUGGACCAGUUUCAUGUCUGUGGUUAUAAAUUAGGUAGAAAGUCACUGAUGCUCUUUUCUGUUGAAAUCCUAAGCUUUAAUUUUUAAAAAUAUUUAACAUAUUAACCAACUCCUUUAAAUUCCAAAAGGGAAAUCUUGCCAUCUUUUGAAGUAUUUGAAUUGAACAAAACUUCUUUUAAUCACAGAUUGUAGCACUGGCCAAUUAAAGUCUAAUAUGUGAGAGCUUGGCUGAGGAUCUGAUGGCUGUUAAAUAGCCAACAAAGUCCUGCCUCUGUGGCACGACAAGAUUUUUCACAAGUUCAGAAAGAUUCAUCCCAAAAUAGAACAGAGCUCCCAUGAUUUUGAACACUCUUGCUUGCAAUUUUGUGGAUGACACAGUAGAUCACACUGCAUGAGCCUGGUGCUGGUUUGCUAGCUUAAGUUCAUAGUUUACAUUGUGCAAGUAUGCUGUAAAGAGACAGGCACACUAUAGUCAAACUUCUGAAUACAAAAGAACAUUAAGGCAAAAGUUUUUGAUAGAGCAUGUAGUUCAGAAGAAGGGUACUAAGGACUCUGUCCCCAGAAGCGAGCAGGCUAUCGGUCACAUAGAGUGAUAAAAACUGCCCAGCAUUCCCUUUGCCUUAGUGAAUAAUGCAAAGAGUUCUGAGGCAGCCAGGCUCAAUACUUGCCAAAUAAAGCAUCUUCUCCUACAGCUCAUACUGUAAGCACAGACACAACUGGCAGCCACAGGGGGAUGAGGAAAACAUCACAUUUUCUUCAGCUCAGCAGCAGGGAAAGGGAAGAUGGUGCUUGGAGUUGUUAGUGUCCAGCUUAGCAGAAGAAUGGCACUAUCUGCUAAGCAGCAAAUGCAGUGGGACCCUGGAAGAUAAAGACUCAUUUCCAUGUAACAAAGUCCCUCAGCUCCUGCACACCUCCUGAGGCACGUUGAUAUGCAGAGCACUGCAGUGCAGCUCUCUGGGGUUUCAGGAGUGGCAUAUGAAGUUGUAGGGUGGAGGACUCCCACCAGAUCUUUGCAAGGUGUCUUGCACAUUGCCUGCUUACAGAAUGACAGGCACAAGUCUCAGCACAGUGCCUUGACCCCAGCCUUCUGCAGGGGUUGGCUGUUCCUCCUGAUGAAGAACUCAGUUUUGUGUGGCUGAAUAUGCCUUGUUGCUGCUGAGGUUAUGAGUGCAUAGGUCAUGUAGGCAUGGCAUUCAUGUAAUAAAAAAUAUCAGGCUGACCAAGCAAGAUGCAGAGUUAGACCUAGAGCACAGCAGCAGGGAUACAUGCAAGUCCUGGAGAUACAAAAGGUGAGCAAGGAGAUAGGGAAGAACAUCCUUAAAGUUGCUUUAUGAAACAAUAAUAACUCAAAGAAUAUCCUUUCUUUCCUUUUUGAAUAAUUCCAGGUAGAACAUAAAACCACAAUAGUGAGAGCUUAUUCUCCUUUUGUAUAAAGAAUCUAACUUCUCUGAUAAUCCCCUGCACAAUACCAUGUUUCAUUGAACCAAAAACAUCAGCUGUGUUGCAAAAUAAGAAAAAAACCAUAAGGAAUGAAAAGGAAGAAAAUAGGAAUAAUAUAUUUACCUAUAGGAAUAAAAUAUUUACCUCUGCACAGAGCUCCUGGCGCAGGGUCAGCAGAGGGCUAUGAAGAUGAUGAGAGGACAGAAGCAUAAAAAAAAAGCAUAUAAAAAAAAGCUGAGGGAGCUGGGCCUGCUCAGCCUUAAGAACAGACAGCUGAGAGGGGACUUCAUCAAUGUAUACAAGUAUCUGAAGGGAGGGUGUCAAGAAGAUGGAUCCAGACUCUUCUCGUUGGUGUCAAACAACAGGACAAGAGACAAUAGGCAGAAACUGAUGCACGAGAAAAUCCUGAAUAUGAGAACUUUACUGUGGGGGUGACUGAGCACUGGAAGAGAUUGCCCAGAGGGUGUAGAGUCUCCCUUCCUUGAGAUACUUCAGAACCAUAUGGGUGCAAUCUUGUGCAAUGUGCUUUAGGAAACCUGGCCUAAGCAGGGAGGUUGGACCGGAUGACGACACCAGCGGUCACUUCCAAUCUCACCCAUUCUGUGAUUCUUUGAUUCUAUGAUCUUACUUUCAGAACAUGUAUAAGCGUUUACUGGCAAUACUCUAGAUUCUCUACAUAAGCAAAAUUUUGCUUUGUAUCUGAGAGGUAAAACUUCUGGCCAGAGUACUUCACCGAAGAUUGCUGGUGAGUCCUCUAAACAAUAUCAGGAUAGAACAAUGUGCAUACUUAUUACCAAAAGUCCAGCAAACACACACAAGUAAAACCUGCAUUACAUCCUCUUCUACCCUCCAGAGUGGAACAGAGAACACAAAUGCAGUCAUGAACUUAAUCAUUAUUGGAAGAUAUUCAAAUAUUGUGGGAAUAGGCAUAGUACAGAAGCUGAAAUACAAUAGAAUAGUCAAAGUGGCCCAAUUCUGAACUUAGCAGAUUAAAAUAUGAAUAUGUACCUGCACACACAAAUAUAUAAAUUCAUUAAAAGAGAGGCAGAGAUUGCUGAACAAUCUGUAAGAGCCAUGUCUGUAUUAACAGUUGCAGUACGUUUUAAGCCAUCUUUUGUCCUUUGCCAGUAUUAGUCAGCUGGAACUGAAACUAUAAUGACUAAAAUCUUGUAUACAUGGAUCACUGUUGGAUGAAAUUCAGAGUAAAGGAUAUCAGAGUAUGAAAGAUAGUGGCACAGAGUUUUGCUGAGCUCUGGCUUCUUCCAAGGCACAGUUGGGAAAAAGAUUACUUCAGUGCCCUUGUCCUUUUGCAUGAUCAGGACAUGGGUUGAAGUGGGGCAACAACACAAGCACAACAUUUUGUAAUGAGUUGCCCUAAACUGCACCAGAGGCUCCUGACCAGUAAUGAUCCAUCCACAGCAUGUGUGGCAGAACUGACAAUCUGGCCCUUAAUUUGUUAUCAGGAAGACAUUUACUGGCCAAGGUAUAUUAAACAGCAUGUGUUUGCCCCUGUGAAGUAGCACAGAGCUUCUCCCAUAGAUACUUCUUUCUGUCCACCUGAGAAAUUGCAGCAUUCCAGAGUGCUGUAUGACAAUACACAAAGAGUAAAACUUAAAAGAAAGGGAUCUUAUUUUUUCCAUUUGAAACUCUGGCUUCAAGAACAAGUGUUAACAUGCAUUCAUGGCCAAAUGGCUUCUUGUUAUUCUUCCCUUUUUUGCUUCCUCUUUUUUUUCUGGCCCUGGCUGACAGAAAUAGCUCAGUGAUGUGCAACAAAUGCCAGAUAGAAACAGAAAAUAAUUUGGCUUCUUGGGUUAGUUUCCCAAUAGAAAAGGAAGGCACCUGGGCUGCUGUAGAAGCUGCUAGUAUUUGGAGUGAGGGAUUCAGAGCAAAGUGACACAAGAAUAACACUAUGCCAUGUUCUGCUCCUCAGCACCAAGAAGCUCCUUUGUCAACAGCACCUUUUUCCUUCUGUAGAAAAGACUUUUAGGUCAAUCAAAAGAAAUACAUCAGGUUUAGGAACUCUGAAAAAUAUCAUGUGUGCUAUGACCAGUGAUUUUAAUAUCAUUUAUUUAAUACCAAUUGAUAUAUUUAAUAUCAUAUUUUAUGCAGCAUUGCCAUUUACAAUGUUGGCGGAAGAAACUGCAAAGUCAGUUCAGAACACUUGGUCCCUUUUCUUGCCUGAACUGUAAAUAAUGAUCUGCUUUGUAACACAAAACUGUGUGGAGCUAAUCAUUGCACACACAGGGGAAGUCUAUCAAAGAGAAAAAAGACUGUAAUUCUUAUCCCUGUGUUGUGUGAAUUUGGGAUGGCUCUUCUAAUUGAAAUUAGUAUGUCAAAUGACUUGAAGCAGUUAUUCUGGUAAACCCAAAAGCUGAGGGCAAGCCACUGGGUGUGAUUUACAGCUGCAAAUGACAUGUGAUCUGUCUUAGAGACAAUAUGCUCUGGUAGGCACCGAGUCAUAUCUAUUCAUCCACAGGACUGUGCAUAGGUGUUUGCAUCCUCAUAUCAGUCCUCAGAUCCCCAAGCAUGACAGCGUUACUUACAAAUGCUAACUUUACAUGAAGGAGCACAAUAUCACAAAUCCCUAAGUAACACUGAACAGUGAAUGCCUACAACAAAAAUGGCAGAAAACUUUGCUACAGAACACACCAAAGAGAGCUCCUUCUCAGCUUUCUGUCGACAAGGAACAAAGUGAAAAAUGUCUCUAAGUGUUUCUUCUGAGGUCUCAGGUUCCUUGAUUUCUGUUAUUUUUCAGACUUCCCCACCAGACGUAUAUGAAAGUAUUGCAAAUGUAUUCAGUGGCAGCCUCCUCUAGAUGGAUAAACCUCACCACUGACUCGACUUUUCAUUUGUCAGAUAUCAAAGUUUUAUUGUUUGUACUAUUAAUAUGGCACCCAGUCUCUUCCUCAGCUUAUCAUGGGGCCUGAAAUAGUCUUUUAUGGAGAAGUUUGUCAAGAAACAUUUCACGAAACUACGCAAAUGGACUGUAUGUAUAUUUAGGAAAAAAAUAUCUUUCAAGGAUUUCCCAACUCCCUGCUGCAGCAGUGUACUUCCUGAGAAAUAUUUUCCUUGGGAAUGACAAGCAUCCAAUGCAAAGCAUCCAAGCUGGUGCCACCAACAACUUACUGCCCUCUUGUGUAGUGGUAGUGCCUUAUUUGCUCUGCUCAAGUCUUUACCAUCUUGGCUGCAGGGAAACAGUAAUUACAAACUACGAGAUUUUUAAUGAAAGUAAUUCGAAACAAGAACGUUUGAAACAAGUGGCUACUGAGACCUAACCCAAGCUGUGGUUUUGUGCUGUUAUGCACAACAGAAACCACUUCCCUGUUCAUGCCACACCCUCCUGAGAUGUCAUGCUAAUGCUUCUGAUUAAAGCAGAAAUUUUAUUUAGUGUUCCAUAAGGAAACCUUAUUUUGGGCUUUGGUUGGAAGUUUUUUUGUUAUUUCUUUUUUUUCAGAAUACACAGUCUUGAAAGGCCUAUGCUCGUGAGAAUAUUACCUCUGAAAUGAUUAGGUGCUCAGGGAGAAGGAAAGAUGGAGAGGUGGAGGAUGAACCCUAGUCAUAGAACCAUAGAAUCAUUCAAGUUGGAAAAGACCUUUAAAAUCAUUGAGUCCAACUGUUAACCCAGCACUGCCAAGUCUACCACUCAUAGGAUGGUCUUGCAAAACAGCAAUGGUGUCUGGUCCAGCUUAUGAGGGAGUGGGAGGAGGGGAAGAAUUAUUGUGGGGAGGAGUUUGUUAGUCUCAAGGAGCUAAACCACCAUGCCCUUGCAAACCCAUGAAGUACUGAACAGAGAUUGGUUGGCUGCUCCACACCCACAGUAAGGAGCUCAUCAGCUUAAACUGGUUUUAACCUGAGGAAAUGUGAUACACUAAGGGCUUGUGUCUGGCUUGGCCUUUCAGGUGGCUCCUGGCUGGAUGAGGACCAGACCGUAAGUGGGGAAUUUUGUGAUUCUGUUAAUUCAAGAAUAGUAUAUGCUGCAUGGUUAGGAUAUGUGCUGAUUCUUCCAAGACAAACAGACAAAUGGUGCUAUUGACUAGUAACACAAAGUAUUUUAUAAGCCUGUUACAGAAGCUCAUUGAUCUCAGAGCAAUGGUGGCUGGAUUCUUAUUAAUAACAAUGAAAAAUAUGUUAUAUAUAUAUGUAUAUAUAUAUUAGACUUUCUCAAAUUAGCUCCAUGUCCUGUGUGCCUGUGUCCUUCUUUUACUGCUUAGUUGUGUAAGAAAUCCUGUACUGUCAAUGCUGCUUGCUUGUAUUAGCAAUGUUAGCAACUAGAUAGAAGUUUAUGGACUGCUUUUUCAACUGUACACUUUUACUUCUGACUAAAAGCCUGUUUAUGUAGUAACUUUUCUGAUACUGUACAAAUGAACCAGAGAGAACUUUGAACCGGAAAAGAAAAAUUGACUGUUUUGUUAUUUCAGUGUAUCGUGCGUGGGACCAAUAUACCUGCCUGUGUGCUUGCAUGGGAAUGCUGAUAAAGACAUGAGAAUAUGCUUUGAUGCUGGGACGUCAGUUUUCAGUAAGUGGUUUGCAUGACCGAUCUGAUGCUAAAUAAACUAGUAAAUCUAGAAA